CACUUGACAAGAAGUUCAGCCUGAAUUCGCCCGCAGAAUUUCAAUCUAAGCUCCGACGUGGGCUCAGGUCGUUAUAAUCACCUCCACCAGCCAUGCCACCGUGAGCCACUGCCGGAAGAUUUCCCUUUCUCUCUUUCGGUUGUUGCUCAGUUGGCUCAUCGUCGUUUUUUCUUGUUAAUUUAAAUUUGAUGGAUACCAAUAAUUGGAGACCUUCUCAAGGCACUGAACCAACUAUGGAUAAAAAUGAUUGGAGAGCUCAACUACAACCUGAAUCACGCCAAAGAAUUGUCAACAAAAUGAACCCGUUCCUCUUUAUCAAAUUGAUUAUUGCAACAAUGAUCAUCAGAAUGGAAACAUUGAAAAGGCAUCUUCCAUGUUCUGUUCAAGAGGGAAUACAUGAGCUUCGAAAGAUUGCUCAAAGGUUUGAAGAGAAGAUUUAUACUGCUGCAACUAGCCAGCCUGAUUAUCUACGGAAAAUAUCUUUGAAGAUGCUUACAAUGGAGACUAAAUCCCAGAACAACAUAAACAACCCUAUGCCAGCAAACCCAGGUGGCCCCAGUAAUCAACCUCCUGAUACAGGAUUAACUCAGCCCCAAGUUCAAAAUCCAGGGCAGUCGCAUGCAAUGCCUUUGCCUCAUCAGCCACAAUCACGUCAACAGAUUCUAUCUCAAAAUAUUCAAAAUAACAUCACACCACAAUCUAAUCUAUCGUCUGCAGCCAAUAUAGGCCAGACUCCUUUGCCAAACCUUGGCCAGAACUCCAAUAUGCAGAACAUGUCCGGACAGAAUUUAGUUGGGAGCACUAUUGGCCAGAAUUCUAACAGGCAGAAUAUGUUUACUAGCUCCCAGAGACAAAUGCCAGGAAGGCAGCAGGUUGUCAGCCAACAGCAACAACAGCAACCACAGAAUCCGCAGCAGUAUCUUUACCAGCAGCAGCAGCUUUUGAAGCAUAAGCUCCAGCACCCACACUCAUUGAUACAAAUACAGCAGCAGCAGCUGCAGCCGCAACAGCAGCAACCACAGCCGCAGCAGAACCUUCUACAACCGAACCAGUUGCAGUCUAAUCAGCAAUCUAUUAUGCAAACAUCAUCUGUCAUGCAACCUUCCAUGAUGCAAACUCCUUCUCUAUCUGGCCUCCAGCAGAAUCAACAAUCUAAUAAUGUUCAAUCAUCAACACAAUCCAUGCUUCAGCAACAUCCCCAGUCAGUUAUCAGGCAGCAACAACUGCAACAGAAUUCUAUUAUUCACCAGCAACAAAUACCAAUAAGCCAACAGCCAAUGUUGCCUUCACAGCAGCAGCAGCUUAUGGGGCAACAGUCAAAUGCAACAAACCUUCAACACAGUCAGCUACUUGGGCAACAGGCUGGUGUUGUUGAUGUGCAGCAACAACAGAGGUUGAUUGGACAGCAAAAUAAUCUUACAAAUCUGCAGCAGCACCAGCAACAACAGCAGUUAAUAAAUCAGCAAAACAAUCUCUCGAAUAUGCAUCAACAACAGUUGGGAAGUAAUGUCCCGGGGCUACAGCAGCAGCAAUUGCUUGGACCCCAUUCUGGUAACUCUGGCUUGCAAACUACCCAACACUCAAAUCACAUGCUGCAACAACCAAAGGUUCCAAUGCAGCAGCAGCCACAACAAAAUACAUCAAAUAUGUUACCGUCUCAAGUGCCGCAACAACAGCCACAGGCUUCUCAGCAGCAAAUGAUGUCCCAGUUUCAAUCUCAGCCUGCACAGAUGCAACCGCAAUUGGGUUUGCAGCAGCAGUCAAAUUCCUUGCAACGAGAUAUGCAGCAAAGGCUUCAAGCAUCUGGCCCUUUACUUCAACAGCAAAAUGUACUUGAUCAACAAAAACAGAUGUAUCAAUCACAAAGAACCCUUCCAGAAGCAUCAUCGACUUCCCUGGAUUCAACAGCACAGACUGGACAAUCAAAUGGGGGUGAUUGGCGAGAAGAAGUGUACGAAAAGAUCCAAAGAAUGAAAAACACAUACUUGCCAGAAUUGAAUGAAAUGUACCAGAAAAUUGCUGCAAAGCUUCAGCAGCAUGACUGCCUUCCACAACAACCAAAGCCAGAGCAGCUUUCCAAGCUGAAUGCAUUUAAAACAAUGUUGGAGCGUCUUAUAUCAAUUCUACAGGUUCCUAAGGCCAACAUUCCUCCUGGUUUAAAGGAAAAAUUGGGUUCCUAUGAGAAGCAGAUUAUUAACUUUAUAAGUACAAAUAGGCCCAGGAAAGCCAUGACUCAGCCACAGCAAGGACAGCUGCCCCCCUCUUCUAUGCACUCCAUUCCCCAACCACAAUCUCAUGAAAAUCAAAUAAACUCUCAUUUGCAACCAACAAAUAUUCAAGAUUCUGUGAACAAUAUGUCAAGUUUGCAGCACAAUUCAAUGCCUGGUGUGUCGACAGCACAACAGGUUAUUAUGAAUCCAAUGCAACCUGGUGGCAAUUUAGAUUCAGGACAAGGAAAUCAUUUGAACUCCCUCCAGCAGGUUCCAGCAAGCGCCCUUCAACAAAACACCAUCAGUACUCCCCAACAGACUAACAUGAAUCCCAUAUCAACACAAAAUGUGAUCCAACCAAAUCUAAAUACCCUUCAGUCAAGCUCCAGUUUGCUUCAACACCCACAACUGAAACAGCAGCAGGAACAGCAGAUGUUGCAGACUCAGCAUCUCAAACAACAGUUUCAGCAGCGGCAAUUGAUACAGAGGCAGCAAAUCCUGCAACAGCAGCAACAAUUACACCAACCAGCAAAGCAACAGCUCCCUGCACCACAGCCUCAUCAAAUGAAUGAUGUGAAUGAUAUGAUGAGACGACGAAUGGGCAUUAAGCCGGAGGUUUUUCAGCAACAUCUUUCCUCUAGUCAACGCCAAGCUUAUCCCCAUCAACAGUUGAAACCAGGAAGUCCAUUUCCUGUUUCUUCACCCCAACUCCUGCAGACUGCAUCUCCUCAGAUUUCACAACAUUCAUCUCCCCAGAUCGAUCAGCAAAAUCUUCUUCCACCUCUCACAAAAGUUGGGACCCCUCUGCAAUCUGCUAACUCACCAUUCGUGGUUCCCACUCCUUCACCUCCCUUGGCUCCAUCUCCUAUGCCAGUAGAUCCUGAGAAAAAUCCUGGUGUUUCAUCAAUAACAACUUCUACAAAUCUUGGGCAUCAACAAACAGGAGGUGCAUCAGCACCAGCUCAAUCCCUUGCCAUAGGGACUCCUGGUAUAUCAGCCUCUCCUUUGCUGGCAGAGUUUAGUGGUCCAGAUGGGACUCAUGGCAAUGCUUUAGCUCCCAGUUCUGGAAAGUCAACUGUUACAGAGCAGCCUAUUGAACGCUUAAUUAAUGCGGUAAAAUCAAUGUCACCUAAAGCAUUAAGUGCUGCUGUUAGUGGUAUUGGCUCAGUUGUCAGCAUGAUUGAUAGAAUAGCAGGAUCAGCCCCGGGAAAUGGAUCCAGAGCUGCAGUUGGUGAGGAUUUGGUUGCUAUGACUAAAUGUCGUCUUCAGGCUAGAAAUGUAGCUAAUCAAGAUGGAACCAAUGGAUCCAAGAGAAUGAAGCGAUACACCACUGCCUUGCCUUUGAAUGUUGCGUCUUCAGGUGGUAGCAUGAAUGAUAGCAUCAAGCAGUUUGCUGCUGCUGAGGCUUCUGAUCUGGAGUCAACUGCAACAUCAAGUAUCAAGAAACCAAGGAUUGAGGCUAAUCAUGCCCUAUGGGAAGAGAUAAGAGAGAUUAAUCAACGACUUAUAGAUACAGUCGUAGAUAUCAGUGAUGAAGAUGUUGAUCCCACUGCUGCUGCUGCUGGAGGGGCUGAAGGGACCGUUGUCAAGUGUUCUUACAUUGCUGUAGCUCUCAGUCCAAGCUUGAAAUCACAAUAUACUUCAGCGCAGAUGUCACCAAUUCAACCCCUAUGGUUGCUUAUUCCUUCAAAUUAUCCCAAUUGUUCCCCCAAACUCCUCGACAAGUUUCCAGUUGAAUCCAGUAAGGAGAGUGAAGAUUUGUCCGCAAAAGUGAGGUCAAGGUUUAGCAUAUCCCUGCGAAGCUUGUCACAACCAAUGUCACUUGGAGAGAUAGCAAGAACCUGGGAUGUUUGUGCUCGUACAGUUAUUUCAGAGCAUGCACAGCGGAGUGGUGGAGGGAGCUUCAGUUCUAAAUAUGGGACUUGGGGGAAUUGCUUGAGCACUGCGCAGUGAUGGAUCCACAGGGCAAUGAGAAAUUCUUAAGUACAGUCCUUCCUUGUACAGUUAGAUGGGGCAAGGAGCUAAUAAGAAUUUACCAAUGUAGGCUUGUUAAUAAUUGGGUUUUUAUUAGCUCAUUGUCCACCUAGUCGAUAUUUUAUUUGCAUUUAAUUUAAUAAGUAUUGUCCUUGAUAGACAUACAAACCUUUUUUGGUUUACUGCCGUAGAAAUAGCCAAAGCUUUUGUUUGGGAAUAACUGCAGAGCAUCUUAUGCACGUAGGGGAAAGCAGUUAUGAGAAUAACAUAGGAAGUUUUCUUGGUCACUAGUUAUUGUUUCUAGAUGUAGUUAACUUGAGAUGACAUGUUUGUCAACUGGGUUUUGGCAAUUUCAUUGGCUAAGUAUAAAAUUCUUUUAUCUGA